CCAUUCGCAUUUCUAUUUUAUUUUCUUGUCAAGCGGGGGCAUUUAUCCAUGACGCUCAGGUACCUGCUUGUUGCUGUUGGAGGCUCUGUCCUGGCGGUGGUGACGAUGGGCCUCUACAGCUCCCUCCUCUUCACCUCCGCCUUUGUCUUCACUCUGCUCGUCUCCUGCGUGGAUCCGGCCGACAUUCACACCUGUUCCUUCAUCAUCCAGAUGUGUUGGCAGACACUGUGGCACCUGCGCUUACAGCUCCAGGAAUGCUACCAGGAGCCAGUCUGCUUCAGGUUCUUUGCGGCCUUGUCGUCGCUCAUGCUGCUCACUCAGAGGAUCACCUCAGUGUCCAUGGACAUCCAGGAGAAUCAGGUCAUGUCAAUGCGCGGCGCCUCCUUCAGUGGAGGAAAGCCUCCUGUGACGCUGCUCCCUCUCAUCAGCUACCUGCUCAGUUUCACCACCCUGCUGGGCGGCCCUCUGUGCUCCUACGGCCACUUUGUGUCGGUGAUGGAGGGAGUCCGCUCUCCUCCGAGCCCGCUGAGGGUGGUGCUGCUGAAGCUGGCGCAGGUGGCGGUGCUGGAGUCUGUUCGGUCCUGUCUCUGGUACUUCGUGAACAUCAGUGAUGUUGAAUCUGGCGUCCUGGAAGGCGCGUUUCUGCUGUGGAGUCUCGCACUGGGGUUUAGGAUCCGGUAUUACUCCCACUGGAAGGUGAGCGAAUGCCUCAAUAACGCGGCAGGGUUUGGUUUUUGGGAGGACCCAUCUGGAGGACACUCCCAGACGUGGAGUGGACUGUGUGACGGAGACUUCUGGACGACCGAGGCCUCGAGCAGCAUGUCAGAGUUCUCCCGCCGAUGGAACCUCACCACAGCUCUGUGGCUGCGCAGGCUGGUUUACAUCAGGUGCAGUCACUUCCCUCUACUCACCACUUUUGUGUUUUCCAUGUGGUGGCACGGCCUACACCUGGGUCACUGUGUCGGGUUUUCAACCUGGGCUUUUUCAGUCAAAGCAGAUCACUGUGUUCACAGGUGUCUGUUGCCACAGCUUUCACCAACAUGGAGGAAAGUUUACACUUUAUUAGGCUGGGUGAACACUCAGAUGCUUCUGACCUGCAUUGUUAUCACAGUGGAGCUGAGAGACUUGUCUGGUCUCAGACUCUUGUAUCAGUCAUAUAUAGCUCUGUUUCCUCUUGCUCACAUAAUUCUGCUCUUUGUCUCACUGAAGUUUAUAUGA